AUGCUGUUUAAAAUUAAAUUGUUGGUUGUUUUUAUGUUACUGUGUUGCUUUGUGAAAGUAUGUUUUUCUUAUGAUGAGGAAAACAAAUACAAGAAACUGUCACGGAGGAAACGAUACGUCUCCUUUCCUGAAGGGUCAAGUUUUUCGUGCGCAGGAUGUAUGACAGUAGGUGUGAUUGGUCAGCCAGCACCGUCUUCUGCGCCGGGUACCUUCACCUUCGGCAUGAAUUGGGGUAUAGCGUAUGAGCUUCCAAACUCAACAGAAACAGCUCAAUUUUAUCACAAAAAGCACAGAAAACCGAUUGCACAAAGACGAAGCAGAAGAGAACUGUAUGAGAAGAUAGAACUGAUCCUUGAUAAUAUGGGAUACAGCGGAAGACAAUGUAUACUGAAGACACUUUGUGAAACAACUCAGCGCAUUGUCCCACAUAGCGAGAAUAUGGUGGAGGAGAUAUUCCGAACACUUUUUACAAUGCCGAUGACAAAAGUAUUGAAAACAGAGCCUUUAGAACACACAAUAUACGACUCGGCGCAUCGACUUGGAGUACUCUUGGAAAACUGCGAUAUUUAUAAGUGUCCUUUAUCACUCGUAGACUGGGCUCAAGGAUACUAUAAUGCUCCAGCACCAAAAAUUGACACAGCAAGGAGUCCUUGGGCCUUAUUCAGCAGUAACUUCGGUUAA